AUGCAGAACAGUCCCGCUUCAUCAGACAAUCCUUUCCCUUGCUCAUCAACGCCAAACUCGUUUAUGGAUACAUUCGAUUUUGCCAAUCCCGACUUUUCAACAGCCAACUCUGGCUUGGAGGAUCUCAACAUCUUUCCUUCCAGCAAUCAUGCUCCCUCCCUCUCAUCCAACCACAACGCACACGCCGACACAGGAUCAGCUCCCGUCAGCCAUCACCCCAGCCCAUCUGCCAACUUUGCUCACAUUGCUUCCGACUCGAGUGCCCAAUCCCACUCCAAACAGGCCUUCUACUUGAACAACACAUCCCACGCCAGCUCGCCUUUGCCCUUCUCGAGGAAUCGUUUUGCUGGUAAACAGUCUCCUCCAAGUCCGCAAUCUAACGCCCACACGCCUCCUUCUUCCACUCCACCUUCCCACAUGAAUCACGCACCUCCAAUCUUUGGCGCCGAUCAGAACCGUCAAACUUUGAAUGCUAUGCAAUCCUCUCAUUCUGGACAAUCGCGCUUGCAGGGCAACAACGGCAACGGCAACGGCAACAGCAACAGCAACAGCAACAACAACGGCGAGGAGGAAGGCCAAAUGCCUCAAUUAUCGAUCAGCGAUCUGCAACAGAUGCUGAUGGAGAGGGAAAAGGCGGAGCGCAUCCAGAAUAUGCAGACUGCUUUGCUCAAACAGCAACUCGAUCAGUUGUCCAGGAUGCAACAGGCACAACAACAACAACAACAACAACAACAACAACAACAACACCAGUAUGCGCAACAACAACAGCAGCAGCAGCAGAAUUUGCAACUCAAUCCGUUGGGUCAAGAUGGUCAACUCUCGUCCGGUCAGCAGCAGAGUCUUCUUAUGGCGCUACAGAAUGCUUUUGCUGCAGGCAGCAACCCUAGUGCGCGCAACAACGUUCUUCAAGCUGCUCAAUUCCAGCAGCAGCAGCAACAACAACAACAACAACAACAACAACAACAACAACAACAACAACAACAACAACAACAACAACAACAACAACAACAACAACAACAACAACAGAUGAACAACGGCCAGGGCGACCAAUCCAACGUCCUCGCGCAGUACGGGUUGAUCACACCCAUGGGUUCAGGUCCAUUCAACAGCUCUGCUUGUCCUCCAGGUUCAGCCAACUUCAUGUCGCCUCUCGCCAUCCAGCCCAACUUGCAACCAGCUAGUGUCGGUGUCGAACACAGACCUGGUCACGAUUACUUGGGUAGCUACACUCCGCUUGAAUCUCCAGCUGUUACUCCUGCUAGUGUCUUUAGCACAGCAAGCACGGCUAUCGUCAUGUCCGAACUCUUCUCCCCUCUCACUUCGCCCGCAUUGAGACCACAACCACCGAGUCUGAACGAAAUGAUGUUGCCUCCAGCAUCCUUGCAGCACCACGCGCAAACUUCGCAAGCGGCAAUGCACGGCUCCCCGCCUCUCGCUGCGGUUAACAACAAUAACUUUACUCCCACUGCUUCGCCCCUUGCCCUCAUCGCCAAAGGCAGUUCCAAGAUCAGGAAGAACCGGAGCACAACUGCUGAAGCAAGAGCUAACAAAGUCCGCCCUUCGCCAUUGAUGAAACCCGUCUCUGGGCCGUUGAAGAAGAAAAAAGAGACUCUUACUUCUCCCGGCACCGCAACGCCUACUGCCAAUGGAGGCUAUGCGAAUGGUGGUAGUGGUAGUGGGCCGAGUUCGAGAAGGGCUUCUAUCACAACAUCUGGUGCCGGUGCCGAAGGUCGCUCGAGAAACCAAUCAGCAGACGUAGCUCAAAGCGAAGGCACUUCUUCCACCCCAUCACCGAUCGACUUGAGCGGAGAAGGAGCAAUGCCCCCUCCCAGUGGACCCACUGCUAAGAUUUUGACUCCCGCUUCAAUCAUGGGUAUUCGAAGUAGUCCAUCUGGCACCAGUACACGCAACCCCAAUCCUGGUGCAAACGGGAAGGGUAAAGCAUCCGAAUUUCAACCACAACAGCAAGUGGUAAUGUCACAACCUCAAACAAUGGCUUUACCACCGCAACAACCUCCGAUGGGAUACCCUUCCAUUGCACCUUUCCCAACUCCACAAGCAGGUGGACCAAAAGUCACGUUCAAUCUUCCCCCUCAGCAACACAUCCAACCUUCGGGGCUGAGUCAAUCGGAUAGAGAUGCUUGGAUGACGUACAAGUCAGCUGGAGGGUUAGAGUCGCGCCGGACGAGUCAUAAGGCUGCUGAACAAAAGCGUCGCGACUCACUCAAGUUUUGCUUUGACGAGCUUCGAGGUCUUCUCCCCGCGAUUACGUUGGAUGAAGACGCACCGAAUGGCUCUCUACUAGGUCCAGAUGGAGCCGAGGAAGACGUUCAAGCAGAAGCGUUUGAUUUGGCCGAGGUAGGCGAUCCAGGACAGGCCAGAGCGGCAAAUAAAGCGAUUAGUAAAGUCGCAUUGUUAAGGCAUAGUAAUGAAUACUUGAUACGCUUGAAGAAGAGGUUGGAGAGGAGAGAUAAGGCAUUGGAGGUGUGUAGGAGGCAAGUGAGAGGCUUAAGGGACAAGUUGGCGAUGCGGGAGAGUGAGGAUCCGAGUGUCACGGGUAAGGGUGCGCCACUCGGCUGGACGGAUAGGGGCGUUGUCAGCUACCAUUAUCCUGGUAGUCCCGACGGUCAAGCUGAGGGUGAGCAUGAGGAAAGGGAGAAGGUGGAGAUGGAUCAAACUGCCUAG